UGCUAAAUGUUUACAUUUUCCAAUGAAAUUCCGAACAUUUUCUGCUAUCGAAAUUUUUAGCAACCUGAAAAUAUAAAUUAAAUUACAAUCAUGAUUCCAAAUUUAUAUCUUACUUUACAAGCUUUAACUUUAUUUUGUGUGAAACAUGUACUCAGUGAUGUUAUCUUCAGUUGUGGUGGAUUUGUUAAAUCAAGUUUCAGUAUUAACUAUUCACGAAUAGAUAUGAAAUUGUAUACAAAACAUGGAAGCUUAAAAUAUCAUACUGACUGUGCUCCUCAUAAUGGUUAUUACUUAAUCCCUUUGUAUGAUAAAGGAGAUUAUGUUUUAAAGAUUGAACCACCAUCUGGGUGGAGCUUUGAACCAAGCAGCGUCAACUUGCAUGUGGAUGGCACAUCAGAUCCUUGUAGUUUGAAUAAAGAUAUCAAUUUUAAUUUCAAGGGAUUCACCGUUUAUGGACAGGUUCUAAGUCAUGAUGGAAUCUCUGGCCCAUCAGGAAUCAGAUUGUUAUUAAAAGAUUCCAAAGAUCAAAUAAUAAAUGAUACUGUUAGUGCUCAAUAUGGACAUUACACUUUUUCCAACUUGUUACCGGGAAAGUAUAGCAUUCAUGCUAGCCAUGAUACCUGGAUUUUUGAGAAAUCUUCUGAAGAAAUUGUUAUCAUUGAUGAUAACUUGAAAACAAGCAAUAAAAUUAUUAUAGCUGGAUAUGAUGUUAGUGGUUUCGUGUUUAGCGAUGGUCAGCCUAUUCAAGGAGUUAACUUUUUGUUAUUUUCUAAGAAAGCACUGAAAUCAUCUCCUUUGGGUUGCAAUCCAGAUAAAGUAAAAGGUUUCAGUCAGACAUUGAAUAUGCCUUAUGUAUGCCAUGUUAUUUCUGCUCAAGAUGGGAAGUUUAUUUUUCCAUCUUUGCCAACUGGAGAUUAUAAGUUGGUUCCUUUUUACAAAGGUGAACAUAUCGAGUUUGAUGUCUCGCCUCCAAAAUUAGAUUUUACAGUUAAUGAAGGCAGUGUAUAUAUCUCGGAAAACUUCCAGGUGCAAGGCUUCAGUGUUAGUGGUUGGAUUGGAACUGGAUCCAAAGGCAAAAGUUUAUCAGAUGUUUCAGUUCUUAUAAAUAAUGAAGUUCAUGGUACUACUGAUGCAAAUGGUAUUUACCACUUGGAAAAUAUGAGAGCUGGUACUUAUCAUUUGGAUAUAAAGAAAUCACUUUAUGUUUUUGAAUCUGUUGAUAUGAAAAUUAAUCCUAAUACUCCAAGAUUGCCAAAUAUUUAUGUCAGCAAAUUUGCUGCUUGUGGACAUCUUCUAAUUGAUGAAUAUCCAUCAGGUUUAGAGAGAAAUGAAAGAAAUAUUGUAUUAAAAUCAUUAAAAGACAAUCAGAAAUUGAACGUGGCUGUUGAAUCAGAUGGAACAUUUUGCACUUAUAUUUCCCCAGGGAAAUAUGAAUUGGAUCCUGUAAUUUCAGAAACAGAAGCCAGUUAUGGAUUGAAAUUUGUACCAGAAAAAUACACAAUUGAAAUCAUUGAUGAUCCAGUAUUAAAUAUUGCAUUUAAGCAAUUUAGGGCUGAAGUAAAAGGAAAAAUUAAAUGCAUUGAAAAUUGUAAUGGUGUAACACUUGAUUUAGCACCACUUUCCCAUGAUAGACUUCAUUUGACAGCUACUGUUAAUGACGAUGGAACUUUUGAAUUUGAAAAAUGCCUUCCUGGAAAUUACAUUCUUUCAGUAAUUAAAGAUGAAUGGUGUUUUCAGUCUAAAACUAUCAAAUUCACCAUAACUGAUAAAGAUAUUACUAAUCUUGAGUUGCACCAAACUGGUUUUCAAAUCAGUGUUGUAUUGACUCAUGCCUCAACUUUUAAAGUUAAGUAUCCUUCUGGAGAAUUCCAUGAUGUUGAUCUUCAUGCAUCCAAAAAUGUGCUUUGUUUACCUGAAAAAGGAGUUUAUGAUUUUGUUCCAGUUGGGUGCCAUCUUUAUAAAAAAGACACAUUUAAAUUUGAUACUAGCCAUCCUGCAGAAAUUACUUUAUCACCCACAAAGCAUUUAGUUACAGGAAAUAUUUUAACAGAAAUGAAUGUCACUGAUAUUAAAGUUUCUGUCAAAAAACAGCCAAAUGCUAAUGAAGAAAUAAUUUCUUUGCAAGAACCAUUGGACAAAAAAGGCAAUUUCUUUAGAUACACAUUUUCAGUAUUUGCCCAGCCCAAUUCUGACCUAGAUCUCAAAGUAUCCUCAAAACAGCUGCUCUUCCGUCCAAGCACUUCCACAAUAAAAGUUGGCGACGAUUGUAUGGAAAAUGCCUUUGAAAUCAUUGGAAAGAAAGGAUUAUUUUUGAAUGGAAGUGUAACACCAGGUAUUGAAGGAGUUAGUAUAAAAGUAUUUUUAAAGAAAACAAAUGAACUUUAUACUGAAACCACAACUGACAAAAAAGGUUCAUUUCUGGUUGGACCAUUAGAAGAUGAAAGUGAUUACUCUGUUACUGCAGAAACUGAAGGAUAUGUAUUUACUCCUUUGGAUACCUUGGGAAAUUUUGCUGCCUUCAAACUUGCUGAAAUAGUUGUAGAUGUGAAAAGUGAUGAUGGUAUUCCACUCUCUGGAGUUUUGCUGUCAUUAACUGGAGGAUCUGAUUAUCGUAAGAAUAGCAUCACUCAAAAGAAUGGAAGGUUAUCCUUUUCUGGAUUAGGUCCAGGCCAGUAUUUUUUGAGAUCUAUGCUGAAAGAGUAUAGUUUUGAUCCUCCUACCAAAAUGAUUGAUAUUGCAGAAGGAACUCAAGUUAACAUUCAAAUUAGAGGCAAGCGUGUAGCCUACAGUUUAUAUGGUACAGUUACUUCUCUAACUGGAGAAGCAGAAAUAGGAAUUGCUGUUGAGGCAGUUGGUGUACCAAGUGGAACUUGCAGUCAAUAUCAAGAAGAAGCUAUUAGCGAACAAGGAGGAAAAUUUAGAAUUCGAGGAUUGCAGCCACAGUGUGAAUAUAUCUUACGUUUGAAGCCUGGAGCUGAUAUUAAUCAACACAUUGCAAGAUCAACACCCAAAGAAUAUUUAUUUAAGGUAACAGAAGGUGAUAUCACUGGUGUACGUUUGAUAGUUUUUCGUUAUUACGGGCAACUAGAUGUCAGUGGAAAUGUAGUUACUAAUCAAGAAUAUUUACCAACUUUAAAGGUUCGUCUGUAUAGAGAAGAUACUCCAGAUCAGAUUAUUCAUUCCAUAAGCUUGGGACAAAGCAGUUUUUUCUACUUACCAUCAUUGCCAGUUGACAACAAAAUUUAUAUUCUCCGAUUAGAAUCAUCACUGUCUAAUAACGCAUACUUUUUAGAGCAGCCUUCAUUAACAUUUUGUGCUAAUACUUCAUUUUAUCAUUUCACAUUCCACUUCAGUCCAAAAGUAAAGUCUGUAGAACAAGAAGUAACUCAAGGUUCAGUUCUUGCUUUACCAGUGGCUAUCAUCACACUUAUUUUAGUGUAUAAUUACACUAAGUUUUUACCUCUAAUUGCAAAUGUAACUGCUGUCAUUUCAUCUGUGUUGAAUCCUACUAGGACUCAAACUGCUACAGAUAAUACAUUAUCAGAAACUGCCAAUAUUCGUAAGAAAACUAGACCGAAGAAAAUACAAUAGAUCUAUUAUAUUUAAUUUAUUGACUUUUGUAUUAUCACAAUAAAUUGUUUUGAUUAUCAUA